GGGGCGAGCAGCGCUGCGCGGUCCGCGUGAGCCCUCGGGGCAGCGGGGGCCGCGCAUCCACAGCACCGCGUUAAGGCGCUGAGACCCGUUCAGCGACUAUACUUUCUCUCUGCUGUUUAAUGGCUCCUCCUGUUACCCCGAUACAUCAAUACGGUUCUGCGCGCUGUAUGGCCGCUAGUCGUUAAGGUAAGAAUGGAGAGGCGAGGCGCAGUCCGUAGCACACCCCGCGCACUGUACAGUACAGUAAAUAGGGACCUCUCCGCGCGGAGCCGCACCGCUGCCAACGGCCAUGUUGGUCGGCCCUUUCCCCUGAUUUCUUCCUUUCUCCCCCUCUCCCCCCCCUUCUUCUUCUUCUUCUUCUUCUUUUUUUUUUUUUUUUUCCUUUUGCAAGCCCAGAGACCAAAAUAAUCGUGCUAGGAACAGUCAUAACAGGCAGAAUUUCAAAGUGCGAGGAAGAUGAUAAGAAUAGAUUUCUACAAGUCCUGACCACGUGAUUCGCGAAAUAAUUAAUUCAGCACGUCCCUUAAGAAACACGGAGUCGUCAUUAAUCUGCCAAGCAAAGGACUCUAUCAGACUUGAAAACUGAAGAGAUCCCAAGAAUAUAAUAUACAAAGGGCGCAGCCCCUCUCUCCGCACACCUAGCUCCGUGUGAGCUGCCGAAUAAACAGCCGCCCGGUCCGCGCCCAAGGACUAUCCAAAGGAACCUGAAGAACCUACACACACAAUUAAGGUCAAAAUUCAAGAAAAAACAAAAGUGUGGUGGCUCCCGCGGCGGCGAGUGGCCCGGGCCGACGACGUGAGGCGCGGGGCGGCGGUCAAUGAUCUUUGAGCAGGGGCCGCGGGCCUUGGCGAUCGCAGAGAGCAAGAUGCAGAAAACCGCCUACUACGACAACGCGGGGCUCUUCGGGGGCUACACGUACGGCAAGGCCGACGCCUACCCCUAUGGCGCGGCCCAGCAGCCCUACGGUGCGGCCGGCCUGGACGGCGAGUACCCUGGCUCCGCUUGCUCCGUGCAAGGUUCUGCGCCCGGCCGCGGCCCGGCCCCCAAGGGCCCCGAGCUGGGCGGCAGCUGCAUGCGAACGGCCGGGGGCGGCCCUGGGGGCAGCCAGCCCCCCGGCAUCGGCGAGCAGCAGCCCCCGGCUCUGCCGCCGUCCUCCCCGCCCAAUCCCUCCAGCGCGCCCCCCCCGAAAAAAGCCAAGGGGGGGCCCAACGCCUCCGGCUCGGCCUCCGCCACCCUCAGCAAGCAGAUAUUCCCCUGGAUGAAAGAAUCGAGGCAGAACUCCAAGCAGAAAAGCACCUGCCCCCCCUCAGGAGAGAGCUGCGAGGACAAGAGCCCCCCCGGGCCGGCCUCCAAGCGGGUGCGCACCGCCUACACCAGCGCGCAGCUGGUGGAGCUGGAGAAGGAAUUCCACUUCAACCGCUACCUGUGCCGGCCGCGCCGGGUGGAGAUGGCCAAUCUGCUGAACCUGACCGAGAGGCAGAUCAAGAUCUGGUUCCAGAACCGCCGCAUGAAGUACAAAAAGGACCAGAAAGCCAAAGGCAUCAUGCACUCCCCCGCGGGCCAGUCCCCGGAGCGCAGCCCCCCGCUGAGCGGCGCGGCCCACGCCGGCUAUUCGGGGCAGCUGCCCGCCGUCGGCGGCCUGGGCUACGACGCGCCGUCGCCCACGCCGUUCGCCAAGGCGCAGCAGAGCAUGUACGGGCUGGCCGCCUACACGGCGCCGCUGGGCGGCUGCCUGCCGCAGCAGAAGCGCUACGCGGGCGCGGAGUACGAGCCGCACCCCCUGCAGAGCGGCGGCGGCUUCGGCAACCCCGGCCUGCAGGGCAGCCCCGUCUACGUCGGGGGCAACUUCGUGGACUCCAUGCCCGCCUCGGGGCCCGUCUUCAACUUGGGCCACUUGCAGCACCCCUCCUCCGCCAGCGUGGACUACAGCUGCGCCGCGCAGAUCCCCGGCGGCCACCACCACGGACCUUGCGACCCCCACCCCACCUACACGGACCUCUCCUCGCACCACGCGUCUCAGGGACGGCUGCAGGAGGCCCCCAAGCUCACGCACCUGUAGCGGCCGAGCGGCGGCGGCGAGCGGAGCGGGCUCGCCUCUAUUACCUCACUCCUCCGACGGGACGGGGCCGACGGGGCGGGUGCGUGCCCCCCGGGCCGCCCCUUUGCUGCUCCGAGCUGCUCGGAGCACGGCAGUGCAAUACACCGCGACCCGGGGACUGGUAGCUGGUAGCGGUGUGCCCGAGGUAAGUCGUAGGGAUCACGUAGAGGUAGCAGCGCGUCGCGCUGAGGUGUAUUAGAGCAGCUGUGAGCGCCCAGCUUAUUUCCGACGAGUUAAUUUAUGAAUUCCUCCGUAACGUAAGGAUCGCAUCGGACUAAACGAUACCUAUUUAUUAUUUGAAAGCGAGACAUUUUUGUAUCACUGAUUAUUUAUCCUCGUCUUAAUGUAUUUAUGUGGCUAUUGGUAGAGUUUCUUCGCCGACACUCGGGAGCCCGACGCAGGGCCGCCCCGCCCGUCAGCACGCCCGGCCCGAGCCGUUGGGAGCGUAGUGGUGAGCAGUCGUAACCGUGGCUGGUGUUCGUAGUUUGUGUAAGGAUUAAUUAAGACAGCGAGUCGUAAGUCAUUAAUAGGGUGAAACAAACCGCGGCGUCACGCGAGGAGCCGUUACACUUCACGAAGAAAGAAGAAAAGGGAAUUAUUUCUCGGGUAUUUAUUUCGCAGGGCCGGCCCCGCGGUGGGUGCAGAGCCGGCCCUGCCCGCGGAGCCUCGCACCUAUUUAUUGACCGGGUACAAGCGCACACCUUUCGGUGGGCUAUUUACUUUUUCUAUUUUAUUUUUGUUUUUUAAUUGCAUUCUGGCUAUCUGAAAUAGGAAAGAAAUUAGAAGCUUAGCGGAAAAAAAAGAGAAAAAAAAAAAGAAAAAAAGAAAAAAAAGAAAAAAACCCCACACCCUCUGAUAGCGCUAAUUUCAUUAGGGUCUCCAUAGCAAUCCGUGCAGCAGCUGCCGCCUCCUUUGUUAUUUAUACUGUUGUCUUUAUACUAACCAUAAAUCAAUUUUGUAGACAUCUUUGGAAGCCCGAGCUUUUCCUCAUGUUUUUUAUCAUAAGAAAAUAAACUUUGAAAGAAAAUUGACAAUCAGAAACGUGCAGCCGGGUCCGGGGCUCCUGACCAGGAUGGUCUCGGCUGCCUCUGCCAUGGAAUGCAUGGGGAGAAUGGGAAAAAUAUAAGGAAGGAGGGAAAAUAAAAGAAAGGAGAAAAGGGAAAGAUGCUCUGAAACCUCGAGUGUCCUUCUCUUUAGCUACACAGCUGUGCUGAACCCCUCACUGGGCUCGCAGAGAUACUCCUGUUUAAAGCACUGAGGUCUCCCCCGACGGCACACUUCGCCCUGAGAUUCUGCCAUAUCUAGCACUACAAGCGCCGAGUUAAGGAUUAGCCAAAUCUUUGCAUUCCUCACAAAGCUCUCUGAUGCUCACUUUGCAGUUUACAAACACUGCGGCUCCCUCUGCAUCCUCUAAGACAGGACCUGGAUGGAAUUCCCAUUGUGAGAAACGCGUUCAUUCCUCCAGCUCUGGCCAACGCAGCCACGUUUUCCUUUCUUUCUUCUCUUCCUCCCUUCUUUCCUCUCCCCGCUCUCCUCCCCACCUUCUGGUGUUGGUGUUUGGCUGGACAGCAAUGGUACAAAAUGUUCCUUGGGGUUUUAUUUUGCCCUCUGUGCGAUUUGAGCGAUGUCGUGCCGCGUUGAGAAGUGUAUCUUUUGUUAAAUUUCACUUUGACCCAAUCAGAUUUGGAUAUAUGUGUUGUAGAUCUGUAAACAAACCGGAACAGAAUAAACUACUUUGAUUGGAGACAUAUUUUAA